AUGGAGCCAGCAAGAAGUAAGGGAAGGGUCAGCUAUAGUACUCCCUUACCAAGCAAACAACAACAACAAACAGAUCUACCAACAACAUCGCAAACAGACGACACUCAGAGAGAGAGUCAGGCCGUAAAAAAACCUAAAUCGGAGGGUGCCCUCAUGCAGUCACGCUAUACGAAGGCGAGGUUCAUUCUCAGGAAGAUUGCUAAGAAUGAACUCGCUGGAGCGACUGACGAGCGCGACGCGGCCGAUAAAAUAAAAUACCAGCAGGUGGUCAAGGAGUAUGAGGACUUCAUAUCCAAGAAACCUAAAAUAGACAACAGCAGAAAAGGCGAUGCGACGAAGAAGAACAGGCCACAGGACGUGAUCGAUCACGCACCGAAGAGACCUAAGGUGUCCAACAGCAUCGAAGAUACGACAAAACAAAAACCAUUCAGUGAGGUGAUUAAGGAUAACCUCCUCUAUGCACUAAUAGGCGAAACCACUAACAGCGACAAAUUAGUCCUGCAGAAGUGGGGGCAGGUGGAGGCCAAACUGUCCAAGCUCGUGCUAAGCAAGCAUGUAGUUGGAGUACAGGGCGUAGCUCUCCCUUCCUUCGACUCUGCAGGCGUACUGAGAGGCUGUGGGAUAAUCAAGUGCGACGACGACUGGAUUGUCCUAGAGUGUUGCUGA